GCAAAAUAAAAUAAACAGAUUUCCAAAAACGUCAAGCGGGAUUAUGAGAUGCACAAAGUAGAACAGUAGUUCUCGGAUUGUUUACAGCUUCGGCUAUAAAAAGGGAACCUUGAACUAAAAACAGCAUCCCAACUGAUUGGAUGAUUGAUUGCUCCUCUCAUUGGUCGAGCCGGCUGUCACUCAGAGGCCGGGCUGCUGGUUGGUCUAAACCCGGGUUUUAUGCGGGUCCACUAAUCCUUUCUUUGGGAUCGUGUUGCGCCUUUUGUACAGCUUCUUUUGGAGUACGGUUGUCCGUAUCCUCGGGCGGAGAAAAAUCACAUCUUGAACCUAAAUGGAGCUGAAAUCGUUGUCGUGAUCCUUCACCGCCUCUCUCAGCGUGCACAUCAACUCCCAGCCGCAGUCACACCAGCCCGCCGGCUCCGCUCGUUGCGCAGACAUGGGAACCGUUCUGUCCAUCUCCCCGACCACAAAGAGAGGCUCCGUGGACACCGAGGUGAGCAAAAAUGGGCUCAAAAACGACAAGACCGUCAAACGACCCUCUAUUUUCGUCUCUCUGUCCUGGAAGAAGCUGGUGGCCAAUUCGGCCAAGAAGAACGCAAAGAAAGUCACCCCGAAUCCGGCGCAGCCGUCCAACCAGGUGGCGCAGCUGAACAGCGAGAACGCGAAGAAAUCCCAGGCCGAGGAGAAGAAACACAAAGCGCCCAUCCCCGUGCCCGUACCCACGGUGCCCACGCGUAACAACGAGGUGGCCACGCAGAACAGGAGGCCGUCGUCUGUGCAGAAACAGCCCAGCAAUCUGUCUCUGGUGUCUCCCAGGCGGAUCGUCAUCCAGGCGUCCACCGGGGAGCUGCUCCGCUGUCUAGGGGACUUUAUCUGCCGCAGGUGUUACAAACUCAAGGAGCUCACCAGCGGGGAGGUGAUUCUGUGGUUUCGAAACGUCGAUCGGACUCUUUUGCUCCAAGGCUGGCAGGACGUGGGCUUCAUCACACCGGCCAACGUGGUGUUCGUCUACCUGCUGUGCCAGGACGCCAUCACGGAGGGCGUCAGCACGGCGGCCGAACUGCAGGGCACCUUCCAGACCUGCCUCUACCUCGCCUACUCAUACAUGGGCAACGAGAUCUCCUACCCGCUCAAACCCUUCAUCCUCGAGUCCAACGAAGAGGUUUUCUGGGAGACGGCGCUGCGGAUCAUCGACAGGAUGAGCGCCAAAAUGCUGAUGUUGAAUUCAGACCCGCACUUUUUCACCGAGGUGUUCCAGGAGCUCAAACAACAGCGGGAGUCCGGCGACACAAACUUGGAUCGCUGACAGGGAGCAGAUCCCCCGCCCACCCCCUACACACACACACACACGGAUGCUGACUACCUGACACUUAAAGAUGCAGUUUAGGAGAUGUCAUAAAUGCAUGCCAAUGGUAUAUUGUCCUCUAUUGUCCCGUCCCUUGAGUGACGCAGGGAUCGACUUCAUUUUAAGUGACACUCAGAUUUCAUUUCUGAUCACUUUGACGUGAUGAGCUCACUGGAUGUCGCAUCGAGGUGAGAGGAGCUGUUUGUGAGGAGGAGGAGGAGCUGUCCGAGGUGCUGACCUGUGCAGCCUGCUGUCCCCCUUUUCACUGCAGAGAGCCACGCGUGGCUGAAAGGAGUCAUUGUCUUAUUGAAAUCCACAGCCGUGCCACACUGCAGAACAGCUGUCAAAAUCAUCCAAACAAUUCCUAAAGCUUAAAUUUGCUUUAUGUUUUUUAUUAUUAUUUUAAAAAAUACCAAAAUAUGUGCAUGUUCCACUUUGGAUAUUUGGCUGAGUAGGUGUUUAAAGGCUCCUAAUAUUCGGUGCAUUGUAUGCUGCACCCAUUUGGCUUAUCUGUAGGAAUUUGACUGUGCUCGACUUCUAUUAUGCAUUUCCACAUCAGCCACCUCAUUUCAAAUUCAAAUGGUUUACGGUGCAGGUGGACCAGCGGUUCAUGCUGAACACGAGUUGGAAGUAUUUUCUGCAUGUGCUGAAAAAUUAGAGGAUCUUUCCACUGGAAUGUGACGGGUUCAGGGCUGUCGACCCGUGGCCUCUGUCAGAGACUAACAUAAAAAGACAGUAAGGAAUGUACAGUUCUUAAAGAGAGUUUGUUAAAUAUUGUUUGUGCCAAUGAUUAAGUCCUCUCAGCCUGACUUUAUAUGGUUUACAUGUACAUACUGCAUAUUAUGUUUUAUUUUCCUAUGCCUGUUUUGAUGGUAAUUGUCUGUUAAAUGUCAUAAAAGCAUAACACACCAGUCGAACUUCAUGCUGAAUAGGUUAAAUUUAGUAAUGUGCAAAAGUUUUAGGUACAAAAGAGUUUUGUUUAAAAAUGUAGCAUUC